AUGGGCUUCGCGGAUGCUGAAGGCGCGGGGGACGAGAGAGAGGCGCAACGCGAGGGUGAGGUGAUGUCCAGAGAACGACACGACGUUGCGGUAAACUACGAGUUGCAGCCCCCAGGAGUGGGUCGCGAAGGCGUCGAGGAGGGCGAUGAGGAGGGCGAGGGGAGAAUGGACGGGCAGUUUUCAGAGAAAAUGGGGGCAGGUGAGGAAAGGGAAGAGGAGGACGAAGCGGGAGGGAUAAAGGAGGCGGAGAAGAACGGGAGUGCUGGUUUGUUGCAACCAAAGUUGCGCGGAUACGAGGAGAGGGGCGAGGAGGAGGAGAGUAAUGGCGAGGAGGUGGGUGAGGAAUGUGGAAGGGAGGGAAGCGAAGUAGGGGAGGAAGAGAGUGACGGCGAAAUUGACGGAGGUAGUGACGGAGAGAGGGAUGAAAUAAGGUCAGAGAGAGGAAGCAAUGAUGGUGAUGAUGACCAGCACUCGCGCGACAGGGAAAACGGCAGCCGUGCGAAAGGCGACGACGAAGGCGAAGUGCAAGAGGAGAUGGAAGAGGGCCGCACGGACGCGGAGAACGCGGACGAUGCGGACGAUGCGGAUGACGAGGACGGCGACGACGGCGACGGCGGCGACUUGGCAGCCGGGGCAGACGACCGCGACGGCGACGGGGACAACAGCGACGACGAUGGCGACAGCGUCGAAGGCAUCGCUUCUCGGAGUCUGGCUUUGGAGCAGCAGCGACGGAACGGGCUCGAUACCAUGCGCGGCGAACGCAGUGACCGUUGCAAUGGCAGCGGCGGCGGCGGUGGCGGCGUUGAAUCAGACGGUGAGGCUGCCGGGCCCGACGGGCUUGGCAACGACGGUGACGACGGGAAAAACGACGACGGUGAUGACGGCGAGGAUGACGACGACGACGACGACGACGCGCGCGCGCUUCGCGAGGCAGACGGCGCGUCAAGCGCGGGAGACAGCGCGGCGAGCGAGGCGAGCGCGUUGGAGGAGCUGCAGGAGAUGCUGCGGAGACGGAUGGGCGCAAGUGCCGGCGGCCGCGGCGGAGGCGGACACGAUUCCGCCGCCAGCCACGCGAGCUCGCUCUCCACGCAACCCCGCCAGCAGCACCCGCUGUCGCCGCUUUCCGCUGCGCUCGAGGCAGCCUCCGCCGGCGCCGCGGUGGGCGCCACCCCCGCUCCUGGCGCCGCCAGUGGCGGUAGCAGUGGCGCGGAGGGUGGUUCGGCUCCUGCGCCGAUGCUGCUGGGCCAUGCGCAGGGCUCGGCUCGAAUUCAAUGGGCGGCGAAGCUAGCGACGAGGUUCGGCGAGCCGGAGCUGUUUGACCUGAUGUCGCCUCCCGUGUCUGAGGGUGGCUCGGUGGGAGAGUUGGAGGAUCGGAGCUGGGGAAGUGAGAGUGGGAGUGAUGGGGAGAGAGGGGGGGAGAGUGACGGGGAAGGGGAGAGUAUUCGGGGCAGUGUGGAGGAUAGUGUGGGGGAUAGAGAGAGUGUGGGCGAUGGUGAGAGUGUUACGGAGAGGGAGAGUUUGUCGGAUGAUGGGGAGCGGAGGAGUGAGGGAGGGGGCGAUGAGGGUGGUGAGAGGUGGGGGGAGAGAGGGUAUGGUGAGGAGGAGGAAGAGAGGAUGGCCGUGGGUGGGAGUGAGGGAGCAGGAGCAGGUGACAUGGGAUUGCACGAAGUGGAGUCUAGCAGGUGUGCAUCCCGAGACAUGGCAGAGCAGAGGCAGCAGGAGGAACAGCAGCAGCAGCAGCAGCAGCAGCGGCAGCAGAAGGAGGAGGAGGAAGAGGAGGAGGAGGAGGAGGAUGUGGAAAGGCCCGAGUCGUGGCGCGGGUGGUGCUCUGCCGGUCACAGGCGCGUGGGCACGCUGGAAAGAAUAUGGGAAGAGGAGGAGAAGGAGGUGGAGGAGGAGGAAGAAGAAGAGGUAGAGGAAGACGCAGCAAGGAGUACGGAGGGCGCUGCUGUGGUGGUGGUGGCUCCUGUACCGAGCGGUCGUGCGAAGAUUGAGGCGGAGAGCGAUGGAGAGGCGGGUGAUAAGGCGAUGAAGGUUGAGGAGAGGGGAGGGGAGGAAGAGGAAGAGGAAGAGAUGGGAAGUGGUGAAAAGGUUGACAAGUCGGAGGAUGGCGAGAGGGAUAAGGAAAGCGAGGGGAGGAGUGAGCGGGGGAGCGAGGAGGGGAGCGAGGUGGGGAGUGAGGUGGGGAGUGAGGAGGAGAGUGAGGAGGAAAGUGAGAAACUGACGGUUGAGAUACAGGCGAUGCUGAAGAAACUAAAGAGGGAUUUUAAGGAGAGCGAGUGGGGAGCGGGAGGGGAGGAGCAGCAGGCAGAGGCAUCAAUGAGCCCUGCAGUGCAUGUGGUGGUUAGCAGUCGGGAGGAGAGUGAGGGGGGGAGCGACGGAGAGAGUGAGGGCGGGAGUGAGAAGGGGAGUGAGACGAGGGUGCUUGGGACAUCAACAGCAGAGUCAAUAGAGUCAACGGAGGAGCUCGAGCCAGCAGGGUCAGUAGAGGCAAGGGAGUCAACGCGGUCAAGAGAGUCGUCUCCUGGUAGGCCCGUUGCUGCUCUGGAGGAUUCGCGUGGGUCAAGUCUUGUGCCAGAUUCUGCGGCAGUUGAGGGGGAAGGGAAGGAAGACAUGGGGGAGGCGAGAGGAGAGAUAGGAAGGGAGGGAGAGGAGGCGGAGGAGGAGGUGAGGAGAGAGGGCAAGUGCGAAGGUGAGGGCGAGAGGGCGAGUGAGAAUGCGAGCGAGAGUGGGAGUGAGAGUGGGGAGAGCGAGGGUGGGAGCGUCGGUGGCAGUGAAAGGGGGGAGUUGGAGAAGGAGGGUUCGGUCGUUGAGGUGAUAUCAAUUGGAGGGGGUAACAGUGGUGAUGAUGCAGAGGAGGGGAGUGAGGAGAGUGAGGGGAGUGAGAAGGCGAGUGAGUGUGGAGGCGAGAGUGAGGGCGGGGAGAGAGGCUUGGAAGGCGAGAGGGAGGCAUCAAAAGGUGAGGAAGAGGAGGCGGCAAACGGAGAGGAGGAGAACGAGGGAGUUGGAAAAGGGGAAGAGAGGGGUGAGGAGGAGGAGGGGAACGAUGAUGAGGCAGCGUUGCAGACGAGUGUGUGUGGGGGUGGGGAGGGUGGGGAGGGUGGGGAGCAAGAGGUCGAGGCAGCAGCAGCAGAGAACCUUACGUCUGAAGCCUCUGAGGAAGCCAGUCAAAGCCAGGAUGUAAGCGCUGCCGAUUCUGCUGCUGACGAUUCUGCUGCUGCUGCUGAUGAUGAUGAUGAUGCGGGUGAUGGGGGUGCAGGGGCAGGAGCAGGGGUAGAGGCCGGUGCUGAGAGUGCGGGUGCGGGGGCGGUGGGCGGGUGGGGAGGCAGAGUGGCGCGAGUCCUGUCGUCCUACGGGCCUGACUUAGAUCUCUUUGAGCUGCGCUCGCCUCCCGUCUCCGACUCCGAGCUCGAACGCUCCGAGUCUGGCUCGGAAGCAGGCUCGGACUUUGGCUCGGGGUCCGGUUCGGGAUCGCUUUCGCGGACGGUGUCUGGCUCGGGGAGCUACAGCGAUGGUGAGAGAAGCGAGGGCGGGUUCAGUGGGGGUUGUGGAUCGGAGGAUGGGGAGAGGGUGGCAGAGCAAGAGGCAGAGGGAGAGAGGGAGGUGAGUGGGGAAGAGAAGAGUGAGACUGCGGCAGCAAGAGCAGCAGCAGGACACGAUUCAGCAGCAGUGCGGGAGGUGGAGGGAGGGGAGGCAAGGAAGGAAGCAGAGAGGGGGGUAGAGCCUGCUGUGGGGCCGGAGAGGGAGGAGAGGAGAGUGGAGGGCGAGGGUGCGAGCAAGGGUGAGAGUGCUGCUAUGGACGAGAGUGGCGCCACUGCCAGCGGAGAAACGAGUAGCAGUGGCGCCAUUGCUGCUACCCAUGGCUUCGGUGCUGGUGGUGAUGGUGGUGGUGCUGCUGCUGGUGAUGCUGGUGGUACUGGUGUGAUUGUUACCAGUGGUGGCAGUGGUGCGUUUGGAAGUGGCUCGUGGGGGAGUGCUUUGCCUCCAGGGGGGUGGCCUGUGGCAGUGGCGCCGGCUCCAAUGCCUCGAUCUAGCGGUCUCUCUGCGACUGAGCUUGACCUAAUUCUGCACUCUAAUCCCGAGAGGGACGAUGGUUCCGGCUCGGAUGCUGAGCCGACUCCCAAGCUGCUCCGGCGAGGUGGACACGUGGCAGCUGCUGAUGUGGCGUCUGCUGACGUGGCAUCUGCUGAUGUGGAGAUGGAAGUGAGUACGGGAGAGUUGACGCCUGAAACGGUGUCGGAUUUCGAGUCGACUCCGAGGAUGGCGGUACAAAAGGGCGGGGAGUUGACACCGGAGUUUGCUUCGGAUUCCGAGUUGACACCGAGGAACGGCGAGUUGACACCGGAGAUGACAUCCGAUGUUGAGUUGACACCGCGAGGAGGGGAAUCAGGCGGGGACUUGACACCCGAGAUGGUUUCCGAGUCGGAGUUGACACCGAGAAUGAUGGGAGAUGUAACGCCGGAGAUGACAUCAGAUGCAGAAACACCACCUAGGGGGCGAGAGGAGCGAGGAAAGAGGAGCGAUGACGAUGAGGAGGAGAAGGAUAGGAGGGAUUGGGCAGGCAGGAAUGGAGGAGAGGGGAGGCGAGGGGGAGAGCGAGGGGAGUCGGAUGGAGACGAGGAGGACGAGGAGCGGAGCGUAAGGAGCGAGAGGAGUGAGCGGAGUGAGAGGAGCUGGGAGCGGGAGAGGGAGAGGGACUCUGGCGAUGAGUGGGACGAGAGGCGCAGCUGGGAUGACCGGCGCAGCUGGGAGGACAGGAGAAGCUGGGAGGAGGACGAGUAUAUCCGGAGAUUGACAGAGGCUGAUGCGGAGGAGGAUAGGAGUAGCUGGGGGAGUAGGAGUGGGUCGGACGAGGAGGACGGUGGGAAGAGGGGCAGGGUGAGGGUGAGGCGAGGGGAGGAGAGUGACGAGGGGAGUGGGUUGGAAGGGGGGAGUGAGGGUGAGAGAGGUUCGGACCAGGAGGUGGGGAAGGGAGGAAGAGGGAGUGGAGGGGGGGGUGGAGGUGGGUCGAUGGUUUUGCUGGGAGGGCUGGAAGCAGGUUUGGUUUGGGGGGAGGGCAAAGGGUCAGGCUCGGCAGGGUCCAUGUCUGGAGAAUCCGCAGCAGAGGAGUGUGAGGAUGGGGAGGAGGAAGGAGGCAGGAAAGGGAAAGCGCAUAGGAGAGGGGAAGGGACAGCGCGAGAAGCAGAGGAGGAGGAGGAGGAGGAGGAGGAGGAUGGAGUCUUGGAAGGGGAAAGGAGACAGGAAGAAGGAAAUGGCGAUGGGGAAGGGGAUGGGCUGAGUGCGUUGGAUGAUUGGGUGGGGAUGGGUGUGCAUGGGUUGGAGCGACGGGGCAUGCGGCUAUCCACUGAUGGCUCCUGCGUGGCUACCCUGCGCUCCUCCUCCUCCCCCUCUUCCUCCCCACGCGCCUCCUCGCCGCUGUCCCCGUCCGAGUCCCCACCCCGCUCCCCGCCGUGCUCGCCCCCGUCGCCGUCACAGGCAGCGCUAGCUGCUGCUGCUGCUGCAGCGGCGGCACAGGGAUCGUCGGGAUCCGCAGCUGCUCCUGUCAUCAGGCUGCCUCUUGACAAGGCUCGGGUGAAGCAAGGAGAGGAAGUUGAGGGUCAUGGGAAGCUGGAGAGAUGGGAGAGUGGAGGCGACAAGGGGGAAGGGAGUGGUGGAGGAGUGGUGGACGUCUCUAGAGCUCUGGAAGAGGCAACAGGCAGCAGCGAUAGCAACGGUAGUAGUGGUGGCAGAAGUGGUGGCAGCAGUGGUAGCAGCGGUGAGAGUGGCGGCAUGCGAAGCUCGGAAGCAGAGGAGGGUGAACAGGUUGACUUGGCUCGGGGCACUCUGAACCGACUCCAACCUUCCCUGCCUCUCCUUGCCACGCUCGGCAAAGACACCUCAUACUCCUCCCUCACCUCCUCCCUCUCUCCAAAAUCCCCACACUCGCCGCAGCAAUCUCCUCACUCACUUCACUCCCCGCACUCUCCCCACUCGCCGCACUCCCCACGCUCCACGCACGCUCGCCAGUCGCUGCUCUCUCGCCGUACAGAUGCCUCCCCUGCGGCACUCUCUCUCUCACCUCUAAGUGCUGCUGCUGCCGCUGCCGCUGGUGCCGCCGCUGGUGCCGCUGGUGCCGCAUCCCCCUCCCUCUCUGCUCCCUCGCAAGUGUCUGCAUCAGCAGGUGCUGCACCUGGUGACAUGGACGGCCCUUGUGUGUCUGUCACCCCUUCAGCGCUCCUGCUGCCUCUGCAGCGACUUGCGCUCUCGUCUGGGUGUAUUGACGCCCCUUACUCCACCACCUCCUCCUCCUCCUCUUCCCCCGCUGCCUCCUCAUCCUCCUCCUCCUCCUCUUCCCCCGCUGCCUCCUCAUCCUCCUCCUCCUCUUCCGCUUCUUCUUCCUCUGUUGCAGCAGCAGCAGCAGCAGCAGCAGGCACUGGAAGCGACGCUUCUGAAGCUUCAGAACCCCUUUCCACAUCCACCGCCCCUCCUGCCCUCCAACCAUCCAUCACCGAAGCUGCUGCGCAGGCUCGGGAAGCCAGUGCUGCUUCUCUUUCCGACCCUAUGGCUCCUGCCGGACAGCUUGCAGCAGCCGUAGGAGCAGCAACUCUCCAAGGUUCCACGUCGCCGUUGCAAGGGCUGGGCAGGUCUUGCUCUCUCCCUGUCUCUUCCCACUCCAACGCCUCGCUAUCUCUCAAGGACUCUUACUUGGACUAUCUCUACUCGGGAGAUCAGCCUUCCUCAGGUACUGCCUCCCCCGCUGCUCCCUCCUCACUCACAUCUGCGGAGAUUUCAGCUGCAGCGGCCGCACUGUCCCGGAUGGGGAUUUCGAGUGUUGCCGCAUCAGCACUCAGUAACGGAGUGCUGGAGCAACUUCAACAGCAGCAGCAGCAGCAACAGAAUCAGCUUCCCGGUCUUCAGUUCGGCCCGUCUCACCGCCCCACUCCCAUUCGAGUCCUGCUUGGGCUCGCAGAGACGACUCGCGCAGCAGCCAAGGGGGAAGAAGCAGGAGCUGCUACUGCAGGAGUAGACGCCGCCGCCGCCGCCGCUGCUGGUGCGGUUGCUUCGCCUAGUGCUGGUGCUGCUGGCUUGGGAGGGUUUCAGUUCCCGCAGAAGCAGCUGCAGCGGCAGCGCACGGCACCGAGUGCUGCCAACCAGUGGGUUCCGCGCAUGAGCACGUUUCUGUCGCCCAGGCGCAGGCUCCGGCAGCAAGAGGCGACUGCAGCUCCGGAGGGACCUCAUCCGCAGGACAGGCUGUGUGCUGCAAAGGCCUCUGAGGACAGAGGGCAGGAGCGGACUGCUGCUUUGGAGGGACCUUAUCCCCCGGAGGGUGCUGUGAAGGCCUCUGAGCAGGAGGCGACUGUUGCUCUGGAGGGACCUCAUCCGCAGGACAGGCUGUGUGCAACAAAGGCCUCUGAGCGCAGCAGAGGGCAGGAGGCGAGUGCAGCUGUGGGGGGUCCUUAUGCUGAGGACCGGCUACGAGACACGGAGAGGCAAUUGCAGCUAUUGCAGCAGCAGCUGCAGCUGUUGCAGGAGCGGGUGGAAGCUACUACUCAGGCGUCCGCCUCUGCCCGUACGUUCCCUGUUGGCACACAGAGCUCUAGCAGCAGCACGGCAACCACAAGCAGCGGUACAGCAGGCGCGCGCAGCACCAUGGCACCUGCAAGCAGCAGGACCGGCGACGGCGCGAGCGGCAGCAGCAUGGUGGCAGUGGCAGUGGCGGUGACAGUAACGGGUAGCAGCGUGCUUCCGAGCCAAGAGAGCGGCGAGUUCAACUCAGAUGCGAGUGAGGGGGAUUCGAGCUCUGUGGAGGAGUGGGAGGACGCGCUGGAGGAGAGCCCUACUAGUGACUCACUUGAGGCGCACCAGGCUGCGUGCGAGGUGACCUUUGAGCCGACUGAAAAGUCAGACGCGCUGGAGGAGAGCCCCACUAGCGAUUCACUUGACGUGCACCAGGCUGCUCACGGCGGUGAUGCGCUGGAGUCAAUGGAAGAGAGCGGUGCAGAGCGGUUGAGUGAGCAAGUGAGCGUGCCAGUGAGUGUGCCUGUGAGUGCUGCAGCUGUGAGUGCACGAGUGAGUGUGCCAAUUCUUUCAGAGCCGAUCAGCAGGCCAGUAAGCGGUCCUCCUGUCACUGGUGCCUUGGCUUCUGAGCCGGCGAUUAAGGCGGCACUCAAACCGGCAACCUCGGAGGCGACUUCUGAGGCGCCUUCUGAGGCGCCUCAGAAGACGAAGCCGAUCAGCAGGACGGGAAGUAGCCCUCCCGGGAGUGGCGGGCUGGCAGAGUUGCUAGAGGAGAGGCUAGAGGACGAGGAGGAGGAGGGCGGAGGAGGAGGAGCGGAUCUGAGGAACGUGAUUCGAGCGCACUCCAGCAAGUGGACGCGCCCGGAUCCCUUCAGGCAGGCAGCGCUGCUGCAGUCUAUUAUGGGAGGGCGUCUGGGCCGAGGCAGGAUUGCCAUACGGCGGGAGCUGUCCAAUGUGAUCUCUGAAGCCAUCUCGCGCAGCAGCAGCAGCAGCGGCGUCGCCACAUAUGAAGUGCCUCAAAACGCUGCCGCACCUAUUGCAGGCAGGAUUGCCAUACGGCGAGAGCUAUCGAAUGUGAUCUCUGAAGCCAUCUCGCGCAGCAGCAGUGGCGGCUCCACCACCUUCUUUGCAGAGGCCAGCCGCCUGCGCCUGCACCAACGCUUGUCCUCCUUGCAUAGCUCUGCUUGGGAGCAGAUCAAGCCGAAAGAGGCCGAUGUUGCGGUUGAUGGGUCUCGCAGUGAGGGGAGCGAGGAGGAGGAGGAAGAGGAGGAGGAGGAGGAGGAGGAGGAGGAGGAGGAGGAGGAGGAGGAGGAGGAGGAGGAGGAGGAGGAGGAGGAGGAGGAGGAGGAGGAGGAGGAGGAGGAGGAGGAGGUGGUGGUGGUGGUGGAGGACGAGGAGGAGGAGGAGGAGGAGAGCAGGGAAAGCGAAAGUGAAGAGCAGGAGGUGAUGGGCGAUGAGGAAGAGGAGGACGAGGAGGAAGAUGAAGAGGAAAGGGAGGAGGAGGAGGAAGAGGGCAGGAGAGCAGCGGAGGCCAGAAAGCCGGCCGGGUUACAGCACCCAAGUCGUACCACCCCUACCCGGGCAGUAACCGAUCGGUCCAACAUGAGCACGCGUCGCCGCAGAGGAGAAGGACGAAGAGGAGAGGCAUCCUCCAAGGGCGCUCUCCCUCUCCCCCCGGAGGAGGCCGAGGAGGUGCAGGAGGGAGUGGCGAACGUGGCAGCGAUGCUGGCAGCGGUGGCAGGCCCGCUGGCGCAGAUCAAGGCAGCGCUCCGAGGAUCCGCGAACAGCCCUCUCAAGGCCGUGGCUGCUGCUCUGGAGCAGGAUAUGAAGAGGUUCCUGGAAGCUUCUAUGGGCCUGGCCCCGGAUUCCCCGCUUGGCUCUGCACAAUCAGCAUCGCCAACCCCAUCCCCAUCCCCGUCCCGUUCUGUAUCCCGUUCCCCUUCGCCGUCCCCAUCGCCGGCACCGUCGCCGUCGGUGCCAGAGGCAUCAGAUGAGGAUGAUGAGGUUUCGGCCUCUUCUUCCCCUUCAUCUGCUUUGCUGACUCCUCCGUCUGGAGAGGAUCGGCGCUUGGGUGGGAGGAGUGCGCGUGCUGCUGGCGGGGUGGUGGUGGCGGCAGGUGAAGGGAGCGAGGAUGAAGAGGAUGUUGCUGCUGCGGUGGUAGGGACGAGGUUUCGAGAGGAUGAAGAGGGACGGGAGGAUGUGGAAGAAACGGAGGAGGAAGAGGAGGAGGAGGAGGAAGAGGAAGAUGAGGAGGCGGAAGGAGAGGAGGAAGAGAGUGAAGGGAUGCAGGAAGAGGAUAGCAGGGAAGCGGAGCAGGUGCGACAGGAGGAGAGGCGAGAAGGUGAUGCUGCUUCCUUGGCUUCUAUCGCUGCUGCUGCUGCUGCUGCGACUGCUACUGCUGCUGUUGCUGCUGCUGUUGUUGCUGCCUCUGCUGCAUCUGGCCUGCUUCAUACUGUGGGGGAGGAUGCUCAAGCACCAGGCGAGAAGGCGAUGGAGGGAGGAGGGGGAGCGGGAGAGAUGGACAAGGCAGGAAAGGGAACAGCAGUAGCAGCAGAAGAGGAGAAGGAGCCAGCAGACACGAUUGAGGAGCAGAGGAGGAGGAAGAAGGAGCUUCGGGCGUUUAAGUCGAUGAUUGCUCUGCAGAAGCACGCUCACCAGCGACAGCAGCUGCAGAUGCUGCAGCGGGUGCUGGGAUCUGUAUCUGGCUCUGCUGCUAAGGAACUGGCUGCUGCUGCUGCGGCGGCGGGUGUGCCAGCACCAGUAUUAGCAGCAGCAGCAGCAGCAGCAGCACCAGAAGCAGUAGCAGCUGAAACUCCAGUGGUUGCGGCUGUUGCAUCUACUGUUGGUGCGGAUGGUGAUGCCGAUGCCAGCAGUGGUCUGGGUGCGAGACAGGUGGGAGCUGGAGAAAGCGAUUUGGCUUCAACACAGCAUGGCCGGGAAGGAGGAGGCACGAUUGAGGAGCAGAAGAGGAGAAAGAAGGAGCUUCGGGCAUUCAAGUCGAUGAUUGCUCUGCAGAAGCACGCUCACCAGCGACAGCAGCUGCAGAUGCUGCAGCGGGUGCUGGGAUCUGUAUCUGGCUCUGCUGCUAAGGAACUGGCUGCUGCUGCUGCUGCUGCAGUAGCAGCUUCAGCAAGCAGUGGUGCUGGUUCAGGGGGAGAAAGCAAGGCAAAGGCUGUGGUGGGGGGAAAGGAGGGCGAGGAGUCCCGAGGAGUAGAGGGGGUUUUCAAUGCAGAGACGCGGGAUCUUAGAGCUUCGGGGCUUCGAUCAGGGGCUCGCUUGGGAGGAGUUGCGAGCGCAUCGAGCAGUGGUCGUGGUGGGGCGGACGUGCUGACACUUGAUGCUCAAGACGCGGAUUCAGACGAGGACGACGGGGAUCGAGACGGGGACGGGAAGCAAGAAGAAGAGCAGCAGCAGCAGCAGCAGCAGCAGCGGCAGCCCCCUGCAGCAGCCAGUGCUCUCCUUCGCCCACAAGUGGAAAUGUAUGAGCCCCCUCUCCCUCCGAACUCCCCUGCUGCUGCUGCUGCCCGGGUGACUGGUAGACUUGUCGGCAUGCCCACCUCUCACUCUACCUCCUCCUGCCAGCACCAUUCUGGUGCAACCGUCACUGGUGCGCCUGGUGCAUCCAACCUUGCUGCAGCUUCUGCUGCUGCUGCUGCUGCUGGUGCCUCCACCGUGGCUCAUCGUGCCAUAACCCCCGCCACACUCUUUGCCUCCGCCUCUCUCUCCUCUGCCAUGGUGGAAUCGGACGCGCUGCCGCCGUGCUUUGAGGAGGAACAGGUGUGCCCGGUGACAGUCUUUACCCAAGCGCCGUCACGGCCGCUAACACCGGAAGAGCCGUCUAGUGCCCACCGCCACCCGCACAUCCGCUCCCACCCUCCUCACCACAGCGCUCCCCACCCUAGACGCGCCCCCUCCCCCUCCCCCUGCGCCAUCCCUGCAGGCUCAACCCCAAUGAAGCACCCCCUUCUAGCUGUCUUCUCUUCCACCCCCCAGUCCCACUCCAUCUUCUCCUUCUCCUCCCCGCCCCACCUCUCCUCGCUCACUCCCCCCGAACGCACCUCCUCCGGUCCCUCCAAGCUCCGCCCCCCUCUCGGCCCGUCCGCGGUUUCCGCCACCCCGUUCCUCCUCUCCGACCCUGCCGCAUCCUCUGAGCCUAACUCUUCCUCCGAAGCGUACCGGCUCGCCGUGCCGAUACACCCGAACCAGGUGGACGUGAAGGGGUAUGAGGAGCAGCAGGUGUGCCCACUGUCCCGUGCCAAUUCCGCCAAUCUGGAGAGCCGGAGGGAGGAUGUGGAGAGUGUGAAGCAUGAGCUUAUGGCUGCUGGGUUUGGGUCUGGGAGGGGGCUUGCAGCUCUGUAUGCGAAGCAGAAGAGCUGGGGGUCGGGGCGCGGGUGGGAGAUUGGGGAGAGCCGGUUGGGGAAAGCGCCGUCGCGUUCGGAGAGGCGGAGAGGGGUUGAAGAAGGUGAGGAAGAGGAGGAAGCAGAGGAGGAGGAAGAGGAGGAGGAAACGGAGGAGGAAACGGCGAGGAAGGGAGGGGAAGAGGAAGAGGAGGAAAACGAGGAGGGGAGGCUUGCAGCACCUGCUGCUGCGCCCCUGGGGGUAUCGUCUCGGCGGCCUGCUGUGACGGUGAUGAGGGACGAGGAGGAAGAGGAGGAGGGGAGGAGGGGUGUUGGCGGUGGUGGUAGGGCUGGUUUGAUGGAUGUGGAUGAGGAAGCAGCGGCUCUUGAGAGGGAGCUUGGAGAGAUGAUGGAUAGGAGUGAGGAUGAGGAUGAUGAGGAUGAGGAAGAGGAUGAGGAAGAUGAGGAGGACGAGGAGAACGAGGACGAGGAGGAAGAGGAGGAAGGGGAGAAGCGGUCGGUCAUGGGCCGUAGUGAAGAGGAGGUAGAAGAGAGCGAGGAGGAAAGUGGUGAUGAGGAAGAGGAAGAUGAGGACGAGGAAGAGGAAGAGGAAGAUAAGGAGGAGGAAGAAGAGGAGGAAGAAGCAAAGGAAGAGAAAGGAAAGGAGGCGCUGCCUGCAGCCGCAGUGCGGGCCGUACGGGACCUCCUUCAGAGGCGGCUCACACUCAGCCCGUCUGCUGCCAACCCUCUCCAUCACCCGGCCGGGCGGCUCGCUCCGGUUGUUUCUUGCCGGCCAUGCCGGCCAUUAUCGCCCAUCUGGAGCCGCCCGUCGGGGCGAUUGAGUAAGAGUGGAGUGGGGUCAGGGAGAGACGGAUCAGAACUGCUUGUGUCGGGUCUGGUUGGGGAGCAAGGGGAGGUGGUGCAGCCGGUGCAUGUGCGGACAGCGGAGUGGGUGGAGAGCGAGGAUUUCAAAGUGCAGUGCUUCUCUCUCAAGAACUGCGCGGAGCCGCAGCCCCGGUGCUUUGGGGGGCUGUGCCGUGUGGAUGAGCGGCGAGAGUGGUACGACGAGGACGAUGAGGAUGAGGAGGAUGAUGAGGAGUGGGAAGGAAGGGGUGGGGAGGGGAAGGAGGGUGAAGGAGGGGAGGGUGGGGGGAAUGCAGUGCAGGAGUCACAGGCGCAGCACAAGAAGGAAGGCGGUGGUGACAUAGCGACGUCCGAGGCAGGGACACCCAAGGACCAGGAGGGUGGGAGCAGAGGGGGAACGCCCCAAGGGCAAAAGCAAACGUUGGAGGGGGGGGACGACGACGAAGACGAUCCGGAACCAGGUCGCUUGUUGCUUAGGAAUCGGGGGGCUGCCAAGUUUGCUUGUUGCAUCCGCCCUCGUGUUGUUGAUUGA